AUGCUCCUCCAACUUCCACUAGAGAUUCUCGAAAUGAUCGUGGCCGAGCUAGCCUACCGCGCCGACAUCAACGCGCUGCUCAACCCGUACCUGUACCGGCUGAGCGCUGACUACGGCAGCAGCCUCAAUCGGCUUUGGGCGGCGCGGGUCGACCAGUGCGACACCGCGCGGCGGUGGAUCGCGAUUAUGCGCGACACGCCGAGCAUGAACCGGCCGGAGACGCGGUACAUGCAGGGGGACGCGGCCGCGGCGCUGCACGAGGCGAUCGCGCACGGGCAGACGGAGCCGUGGACGUGGUCGAUGUCAACGCUCGCAAUCCGCGGGGCGGAGCUCGUGCACAUGCUGCUGGGCUGGGAGGGGAUCGACGCGCAGGCACGGGACGCGGCGGGCCACACCACGCUGUUGGUGGCGGCGAUGGACACGUGCGAGGCCGUCGUCGACCUGCUGCUCGCCGAUGGCCGGGCGGAUUCGAAUGCAGCGGACAUCCACGAAAAGACGCCUCUGCAUGCGGCGGUGCGGCGGGAGGGCGCGGGCGUCGUGGACCAGCUGCUCGGGUCCGGGAGAACGGCCACUUCGACAUCGUGGAACGACUACUCCGCACAGAACGGGUGGACGUGGGGUCGCGGGACACGGGUGGUGGCGGUCUUCCACCAUCACUAUGCCUUGGUCCGCCAGCUGAUCCAGCGUGGGGCCGCGGUCCCUUCGGUGCUCUAUAAUGGAACCUCCAUCUUGCUCUUUCCCACAAAGGUGGGCAUGCUGCUGCGGUGCAAAUGCUGCUGGAUGCAGGCGCCCGUCCCACCGGCCGGGGUUGGACUCCUGCUUGCCGCCGGGGCAGAUCCACAUAUUGCAAGUUUACCAACCAACCGUGGGUAG